AUGGCGACGUAUUUGCUGACAGAUGACCUCACCCCAGUCAACUAUCCAAGCAGAAGUCGUUCUACAAUCAUUACAUCUAUCGAGAACACCGUUACGCAUUUAUUACUGCUUUCCGUUGUUAUGGAGUCUACGUUUCCGAAAUUCUUAGAUCUUCCCAAAGAGAUCCAAUUUGCGAUCUGGGAAGUCGCUAUUCGCCCGUCAGGUGAUCGUCAUGUCCACCGAUUCUCCAUCGCCGGCUUUCCUCUUAGACAUACAAACCGAAAGCACUUAUGCUUACAAAAGACCAAACUCUGGUCUGAUGGGACCUUGCGAUCUGCUGUCUGUUCUUCUUUGACCGUACCAUCCGAUGACGUCGAAGGCAAUCCUAAUGAUUCUAUCUACCUGUCAGACAGUGGCCUCUGGACCGCAUGCAAGGAUUCACGCGAUGCAAUGGAGAAACGAUUCAAGAAGAACGAAUGGUGGUCGAACGUCAAGUCCCCCUAUCAUCCAAAACGCACAGCAGAGCCUGGUCAAUAUCUUGAUCAAGAAGACACCGCGCACACAGCGUCAUAUACAGACCACGACGGAAUUGUCAAACACAUCACUAUAGGCUACGAGAGAGACCUUAUUCAUCUCGAUCCUCGCUAUCUAUGCGAUCUUGAGAACAUUAACUGGUCUCGAAACUCAAUCGAUAUCUUUCAGCUUCCCGUUUUCGAUAAGAGACUGGAAAUGGGAGGCAACCUCGUAGUCAGGCCUAGCUUCGUCGGAUCAAACAUCGCACUGGACUAUGAUCGCUCUAUAUUGGACCAAUUUAGUUCAAAAAUGGUACAUUAUCGAGACAAAGCAUUGCGAACUCGUUUUGUGGCUUUGUUCGACAUGUACGUCUUUUUGUGCGAGACCGCGCAAAGAACUGUCUGGUUCAUUGACUAUGGCUUGGUACCAGUCCCAAACAGGGCCGUAGAGUCGCUACCAGUAAGGGAGAUAUUCCGUUCAGGCGACUGUAUCUACACCGAAGUCAAGAGAGAAGAUAUUGGGGUACUUUGGCAACUCAGUGAGUACGACAAAGCAUAUGACGACGAGAAUCAUAGUGCAUUUGACAUGCUUCGCAUUUUCGAGGCAGGCCCCUGGGAACUGGAGGAUCCUUCACGUCUGCGAGUCUUGGCCUGUCAGCCUGCACCUGGACGAGUUGUUAAGCCACGAAAGCCAUGGGCAUUGCGUUGUCAUGGUCAUUCCUCUUGCGAAUUGUGUACCGGGAAGCCUGUCCCGCGUGUCCGGCCAUCGACGAUCGAAAGGGAGGGGGAGGAAAGUUCAUCACAUAUCUCCGAGUCAGACUUGAUUUUGUUUGACUAG